UUGCAGUGUAAGUGUGUUUUUUUUUUUUUUCUUUUUUGCUUGCGUGUGCAAAUGCCGACUUUUUGGAGAUGUCAGCUCCUGCAAACCGGCGCCGUUGCUCUGUAAAGGGCUGUAAGGUUAGUGAUCGCGACAGCGAGUCUUUCAGCAGCCAUGUCGCCCCGAAAGAUGACAAGCUAAAGGCUAUUUGGCUGGAGGCAAUCGGGCGUUCGCGUAGCGACAAACGUGUCCAAGUAUGUUCUCGUCAUUUCGCUCCGGAGGUCUUCGAGCUUAGCACCGCGCACACCGAACGUCCGCGAUUGAGACACGGGGCGGUCCCGACGCUAUUCCUACCGGGUGCAACAGCUGCAACUGCAGCAUCAUCGCUGAUAACCAGACCAACAUGGCCAGCACCCGUGCCGAACCGUGACGGCCGAGUUGGAAGCCUCUCUACAGCUCGCUGCUGCAGGUGCUCUGCUCCUCGUGCAACCGUUGGCACACAAACGGAGGCGGACACUGCAGGUUCUCUCAUACCCAUGUACCUCGUGCUUACAUCAGCUGCCUCGGAAAAACCAGGCCACGCAGCAUGGACAACUCGAGGCUCCGGUUCAGUCUGUGACCCUUCUGGUAAAGGAGGGGCGUGCUCAAAGGAGAUCAACUCUCUAUCAGAACCCACAACAGGCAUUCUCUUCAAAUGCUGUUUCUGCACCCAUGUUGCGGGGGAUCAGCGUGGAAUCCUCAGUCACCUGGUUGUCCAUAGCGAUCAACACCUCGAGCGCCAGCAGUGCCCAGCAGAUCCCCCUUCCAAAGAGCAAGACAUGAGAUGCAACACUGAAAUUGACGAGCCAGAAAGAACUUUUGAGUGUCAUCUGUGUCCAGAAGCUUUUCAGGAAAAUAGUCAACUGGUCAAUCACAUUGGAAUGCACACAUGUGAAAAACCUUUCAGAUGUCAGGAGAGCUCCGAAACAUUUUUUCUUAGUAGUUCCCUGGACUCUCACAUCCAAGUCCACGCAAGUAAAAAGCCUCACAAGUGCCAGGAGUUCUCUGAAGCAUUUGCUCAAAGUGAUACUUUGGCCAUCCACAUGCAAACCCACACUGGUAAAUGUUCCCAAACCUUUGAUAUGCGUGCAGCCCUAAAGGCACACAUUUGAAGGCACUCAGGCGAGAGACCUUUCAAAUGCAAGUAAUGUCCAAAAGCCUUUAGUAACCGUACGAACCUGAGGCGGCAUGUUCAAACGCAUACAGGUGCGAUACCUUACAAAUGCGAUAAAUGUUCCAAAACCUUCACUUCACAUGGGAACCUGACACAGCACAUUUGAAGCCACAUGGGCAAAGUGUCUUUCACAUGUAAAAAAUGUGCCAAAGCUUUUAGUGUGCGUGGGAACCUGAUCUGCCACAUGCAAACACAUAUGGAAGAGACCUUACAUAUGUGAGCACUGUUCCAAUGCCUUUAAGGUGCGGAAGUACCUGGUGAGGCACAUUCAAACGCAUGAGGGGUCAUAGAAUCAUAUGUCCCACAACUCGUCUGCGUCAGCCGGCCUGAGCAGAGCGAUGAUUUGUCUGAAAAGAAAGGCGGUCCGGUAUAAUGCGCCUCAUAUAUGAGAGCAGUCAGAGUUGUGCUCUGGUCGGCUACAUACUAACGUGCAGGCGAAGGUUCCCCUGUGUUGACGGUUUGCAAGCGCUUCUUUACUGUACUGGUUGUCUAGCUUUGAAUCGGUCCGAUAAACCUUUCUGGGGUGUCAGCACAAAUCCCUUUGGAAAAACUGGCUUCGUCUGACCUGUUUGAUUUCAGUUGUAGCUAGUGCUCAGUGUUUUAGGGGCUAACUUUUUGUUUUUAGAUUUGGGCGGUGUUUUUUGUGGGUUUUAUAUCCUCCCGGAGGUUCAAUAUUUUCCAGGGUUAAGUCGUACCAAAAUCGCCGUUUAUUGGGGCUUAGUUCAAAGAAAAUGAUCUGGAUGAGCAUCAUACCGGCGUGCGGUCGUGUAUCACGCACUGGCUAAAUUGCUCAUCUGCAGCGUGAGACUCGUCGCAACUUAAAUGGCUGACCAACUACACGCUGUAUAAAUAUCCCCACUACCCCCAAAGUUCAAAGAAAACAGGAUACUGGCAUAGGAUUCCCCAACCUCAUGGAACACGCGCAUGACCCGAGAAGGAAAGGAGAUAAGGAAUGUGAUUCUUGAGUAAAGAUGCAUCCUCACAAACACUUGAGUGUGAGCUGUGUUUCGGGUCAACACAAAAUACUCCCAUAUCACACAUAACGAGCAAAGCUCGAUGCCUUUAUAGGUGCGUUAAGUUUCCAUUAGGCAAAACAUUUCUGAGCUUCUCAGAAAAAUAUAAAAACCUGUAGAGUUUGUGCAACCGGCAGCAUCGAAAUUCGACGAGUGUUAUUGGAUUUUAUCAGAUUUAUCCGAAAACGCAGGAGCCACAUUGGCGAUAUAUAUCUGGGACCAUUUUUUCCUAGUUUGUACUUGGGACCAUUAGUUCAGGGACCAUUUGUUCCGGAACCGUUUGUUCUGUUUCCCCCUCUGGAGUGGUGCAACUUGCACCAGCCUGAGUCUCCGCACCCCAUUCUCGUAGCGCAGUUUGUGCAUGCCAUCCCAGCAUCAAGUGCACCAACGGAGAGUAACUUCUCAUUGGCCGGCAUCGAUUUAA